GAGGUGUAGGUGGUAGGAGGCAAUAGAGGGCAGUAGUGCAACGUAAAUGGAUGCAAGCUGCCGUUAAAAUCUAAAGAAGAAGAAGAAGACUCCGGAGUUUCAAGUUUUGAGAGAAGCAUUUCUUGAACACCCAACAAUGGCGGAUGUUUCUAUUGACAGUUUAAUCCUGAAGCUGCACGAUGUGAACGCAGUAAAGUUCGGAGAGUACAAGCUAAAGAGCGGCUUGCUAACACCGAUUUAUAUCGACCUGAGGGUUCUGGUUUCCCACCCUGCUCUGAUGAACCAGGUUUCGAGUGUCAUCUACCAACGAGCGCAGGAAGAGAACCUUCAGUUUAACUCGGUGUGUGGGGUUCCAUACACGGCCCUGCCUCUGGCCACAAUUAUCUGCUCAAAACACGAACUGCCCAUGCUCAUCAGGCGGAAAGAGGCCAAGGACUAUGGAACUAAGAAGAUGGUGGAGGGGUCAUGGUGUGAGGGAGAUACGUGUUUAAUCAUUGAGGACACAGUGACCAGCGGCAGCAGCAUCCUGGAGACGGCAGAAGUUCUCCAUAAAGAGGGGCUGAAGGUGACAGAUGCCAUUGUGUUGAUGGACAGAGAGCAAGGCGGCAUGGAGAUGUUAGCAUCUCUGGGAAUUCGCCUCCUGCCCAUCAUCUCCAUGUUUAAGCUGCUUGAUGUGCUGCUUGCAGCUGAACGCAUCGACGCCCCAACAGCCCAGAGUGUCCGCAAGUUCAUCCUGGACAACAACACCUUCAGGCAUAAGAAGACAAACAGCAGUGAUGCUCCAGCUCCCAAGAAGCCAUGUGUGGAACCAAAGCGAAUUUUGAGCUAUGCAGACAGAGCAGAGCUGCCAAAAAUUCACCCUCUGGCAUCUAAAUUGCUCAAGAUUAUGGAGGAGAAGAAGUCCAACCUUUGUGUUUCCGCUGACGUGACGAGCAACAAGGAGCUGCUCCAGCUGGCCGAGUCUCUCGGUCCAAAGAUCUGCAUGUUGAAGACUCACUGUGACAUCCUGAAGGAUUUCACAGAAGAAUUCUGCCAGAAACUCCAAGCUGUUGCUGAACAACACAACUUUCUCAUCUUUGAAGACCGCAAGUUUGCUGACAUUGGAAAUACAGUCAAGCAUCAGUAUGAGGGCGGUGUGUUCCGGAUCUCGUCUUGGUCCCACAUCGUCAACGCCCACGCUGUGCCGGGGCCCGGGGUCGUGAAGGGCUUGAGUGCUGUGGGGAAGCCUCUGGGCCGAGGCUGUUUGCUCAUUGCACAGAUGAGCUCCCAAGGCUCUCUGGCUACUGGUGAAUACACACAAGCUGUGGUUAAGAUGGCAGAGGAAAACUCGGACUUUGUAAUUGGGUUCAUUUGUGGCUCUAAGAUCACUGAAAAACCAGAAUUUCUCCACAUGACUCCUGGUGUGCAGAUAAAGGCUGGAGGGGAUUUGAUGGGCCAACAGUACACAACCCCAGAGGACGUGAUCUACAACAAAGGCUCAGAUGUCAUCAUUGUGGGACGAGGCAUUUUGGAGGCGUCUGAUUGGCUCGAGGCUGCCGAGUCGUAUAGAAAGUCGGGCUGGGAUGCCUACAAGAGGAGAUCGGGUCAGAGUGACCAGUAAGAUCUCAGGAGUUUCAUCAUUGUGAUGAACUACAACUGUCUGUGUAGGUGGGCAGCAAACAUUCAAGGGACAUUUCAACCAACAGGUAUUGCUAACACAUGGGUACAUUUCAUUUUUUGUAUGAAACAUGCCUAUCUAAAAAAGUGUUUUGUUUUUUUUAAUCAGAGUGAUUUUAUGCAAGUGGUGUGAAAUAUGUAUCACCCUUCAAUUUUCAGUUUUGUGAAAGAUCCUGAAGGCUUUGCUGCUAAAGCAGGAAUGCAAAAUUGUAGAGAUCACAGAUCAGGCUUUUCCUGGCCAAUAUCGAUUUUCAGUAUUAAUGUGCUGUAACCUCUACAGCACAUUGCUUGAUAGAUGUAGUCAUUUUAAAUCCAUCUAAAUUGAAAAAAUAAUGAGUUUAUUGUGUGCAUCAAACUAAACAUCCAUCAAUAGAGUGUAUUGCUGUGCAUUUUGCCAGUUGUGUUUAUAUUCUGAAAGUGGUGGAAGUUUUUAGGUUUGAUGCAUUCAAUCCCUAGGAACAUUUUUUAUUUUAUUUUUUCGUAUUUGAUCAGCUGAUCAAAAUACCUCUUUUUCUCUCACCUUCCUUUGAUAGGAUUUCUUGUUGCUCCAACAAGAUUUACCCUGAUUUACUACAAGUAUUCACUGGUGACUAUGAUUAUACGUUGAUUUGGUAUCAUGGCAGCUUAAAACGCAGAACCUUUGUCAUCUUUGUAUUUGUUGUAAUUCAAAAACUAUAAACUAAUACUUUAUGUGUUUCAAACUCAUAAAGUAUUAGAUGAAAUUGGAACUUGGCCACCUAUGUGUUUGACCAAAAAUCUUUUGUUUUCAUGGUUACUAUCAGAAAUAUCUAAGAACACUCCUAGAAAUGUGAACAACUUUUAUAGUGUGUGCUCUGCUUAAUAAUUGUAUUUUCAAUCUAACAGUGUUUUAGGACAGCUUUACGACAUCGAAUUGCUAUUGAUUGAAGAGCCGAAGUGAACAGAACCUGAUUUAUUGCUGUAUUGAGGACCAAUGUUUUCCAUCCAUUCUUCAUAAUAUAACGUAAAAUUAGGCAGCUCAUGAGUUGCGACCUGAUUUGAUAGGUAUUUGAACUACGACACAUUAAAUCAUUGAAACUGCUUGUAAAAUGAGACAGAAAUUGAGUUUUGUAUUGUAGCUGCUUCUGUACAGGGCCAGUGUUUUCCUACGGGCUUUGCUUGAUAAAUUGUAAUUUUUACAGUACUGGUGUUGGAUCUUUGUAUUUCAAGAUUUUGAUACAUACAGGAAAUGUUUGCAAUUUGCUUUAAGUGUUUUCCAAAGCUACGAAACUAUUAAAAACAAACUGUAUUACAAAAUAAAUAAAUGUUGAUUUCCACAAAUAACCA